AUACUCGAGGCAUUGCGGUAAACUUAAUUUUUUUCAUAAAAAAAUCAUGUACAAAACUAAAUUUACUUUUACUUGGAAAAUCGAAAAUUUUUCAUUUUGCAACCAUAAUAAUGGCGUGAAAUUAUUGAGUCCCGCAUUUGGUUCCGAAAAUUUUAAAAUAAUCAUAGGCAGUUUAGUUCUUUAUCCAAGGGGAGAGAGUAAGGAAUAUUCUGAAUUUAUUUCAUGCACUUUAAGCGUUUUGACACUCGAGCAAGUUGGUUUUCUUCAAUAUGAAAUCGAAGCAAUUGGAGCCAGUGGUAAGAUAUUGAAAAAUCAUAAGUGGGAUAAAUUUUCAACUCCUAGCGAUACGGAGUUGAAAUGUCCUGAUUUCCUUGCUAUCAAAGAUAUUCUCCAAGAUGCACAGGAGUGUGAAGAAGAUACUCUUACAAUUCGUUGUAAAUUUCUUGGACAAAAUUCCACUCGUACUAUGAAAGGGGAAGAUUUUUCGUGCACAAAAAUUGGCGUCGAUAGAAUUUUUUUUGAAAUGCAAGUACUUAGAACGGCUCCAAAGAAACGUUUAAUAACGUUUGGAUCGAAAAAUAGUUUCGAGUUUUCUAUUUUUGAAAGAAGCGAAAACCUUGAAGCCACAUUUACAAGGGUGGUUAUUGAAACCGUUAACAAUGAACCAUGCAUUGUGGACUGCACUUUGACCCUGCAUGACAAAUUCAAUUCAAAAAUAUGUUCCGCAAGAGCAAAGCAUUAUUUUUUUUCAGUAAAUUGCACAUAUUGGAAAUUUCCUUCAGACACCCUUUCUAAGGAAUGGAAAAGUUAUCUAAAAGUUUUCAAACGUGAUCCCUCCCAUCGUUUACUUAUUUACUGUGAAUUUUCCGUUUCGAAUGGUACAUAUUUUCAAAUUUAUAUGCCUAAAUCUGACUCAUCAUCACCAACAAGUGCUUACUCUUCCUUGCAGGAAGACCUUCGAAAUUUAUUCCAUAACAAACAUCUCAGCGAUGUGAAAUUGCGAGUGGAUGGUGAAAUUAUUGAAGCACAUAAAACUGUUCUAGUGGCUCGAUCCCCAGUAUUUGCAGUUAUGUUUGAUCACCAAGAGAUGGAAGAAGCUCGCAGUGGCAUUGUCGACAUCGUUGAUAUUGAUGCCUACGUCAUGAAAUCAUUUUUGAAAUUCUUAUACACCGAUAGUGUAGAUGAGGUAUUACCCUUGUAUCAAGUAAUAUCAAGUAUUGCCCUUGAAAGAAAAAUGUGCCAUGUUUUUGAAGAAGGAAAUGUCAGAGGAGAACGUAUGUGAAAUAUUGUCUCUGGCAGAUGCAGUAAAUCAUGAAUUUUUAAAAUCAACUUCCAUUGAAUAUAUAAUUGCGAAAUCAACAACAGUUUUAUCUUCUCCACAAUGGAUACCAUGGAUGAAAAACAAUAUGGAAUCGGCGACAGUCAUUUUCACAAAAUUAACGCUAAGCCAAUCUUCAGCAAAAAACUGAACAUCAGGGUUGUCUGUGACCGAGCAUAAACGUCUAUGUAAAAUGAAGGUAGCGAGAUCGAAUACCUGGACGCAUGACAAUAAUGAACUAAAUUUGGUUUCAAUACAUAUACGGGCUCGUGUGUUUUAUGCACAAAAAAAUGGACUCGUACCUUAUUACAUUGAAAAACAGACAACACAAAAAUUAGAGAAAAAACACAAAGAUAUUAAACACUCUACAUUUAUGCUUCCGAAUGUUUAGUGGAAGAACGAUCCCCCUCACCAUCAAAGCCCCAAUAAUGUAUGGCUGUUUUACUAACAAUAAAUUCAAGGAGCUUUCCUACUCAUGCGGUGCUUCUGUUCUCCUAACCGCUUUGGAGCAUGAAUGCAGAGAGAUCGAAUACCGCUAUCACACUGAAUGUAUAUUCUUGCUUCGUUUCACAAACUUGUGCUAUCUGCUUUUCAGAUUGAAUAGAGUUCUUAAUCAUCUCUUUGUAUUUACAAAAAAAACAUGCCUAUGUAUGUAUAUAAAUCCCACUUCCUCCAUAAAAGAUGCAUAAAACAGUCAGUAUAGUUUCAUUUAUUAGAGUUUAAAAUAAAUAACAUGAAUUAAAGCACUUGAAAGUGUCAGUGAUGCACACUUUCUCUCUAUUAAUAAGUAAUAUAUUAAUACUAAUAAUGUAAUAAUAAUCUCGAAUAAUAAACAACCAACCACCACCUUACUCUUAUGAGCAAUUUAUGUAUAGUACUAUUUUUAAUAAACCAUUGUAAAGUCUAUUACUACUUUAUUUGGUAAAAGGCAUAGAGACAAAUUAAAUUAUCAAACACAUCGUGAAAUGAAUUACAGUUCUGAAGAACGUAUUGGUAAUCUCGUCGUGAUACAUUAGAGAGAGGCAUAAAUA